UGAACUGUGUGCGCGCCCCCGGUGCGGCUGUAAUCCAGGAGCGCAAUGAGGAGAUUAAUGAAUCCUGCACGGAUUUUCAUCAGAAAGCUUCAUUCAGUGGGAAUAAUCGGGGCUCCUUUCUCCAAAGGACAGCCCAGGGAGGGGGUUCAUCUGGGACCUGAUGUGAUUCGGGGAGCUGGACUGGUGCAGAAACUUCAAGCUCAGGGUUGUGCAGUAAAGGAUUAUGGGAAUCUAACAUUUGAGGACGUGCCGGGCGAUGAACCCAUCGGGAGGAACAAGAGGGUGCGGGCGGUUGGUCUCGCCAACAAACAGCUGGCAGAUGCAGUUCAGAGGGUGAAGAAUGACGGACACACGUGUGUGAUGCUGGGAGGGGAUCACAGUUUAGCGAUCGGGUCGAUCAGUGGUCACGCCGCCUGCAGACCUGAACUCAGUGUGGUGUGGGUGGAUGCCCAUGCUGACAUCAACACCCCUCUAACCAGCCCGACAGGAAACAUCCAUGGUCAGCCCAUGUCCUACCUUCUCCAUCAACUCCACACAAAGAUUCCGGUCAUGCCAAAUUUCUCCUGGAUUAAGCCACGUAUAGCCGCAGAAGAUCUGGUGUACAUCGGACUCCGAGAUGUAGAUCCAGAGGAACACUUCAUCCUGAAACACCUCGGGAUCAAGACCUUCUCUAUGACGGAGGUGGAUCGUCUUGGAAUUGCUAAAGUUAUGGAACAGACGUGCGAUCACAUCUUCUCCAAGGUGAAGAAACCCAUCCAUCUCAGCUAUGAUAUUGACGCUCUGGAUCCCUCAGUAGCUCCCGCUACAGGAACUCCGGUGGUGGGAGGAUUGUCUUACAGAGAGGGUAUCUACAUCACUGAAUAUAUCUGUCAAACAGGGCUGCUGUCUGCGGUGGACAUGGUCGAGGUGAACCCAAAACGAGGCCAGGACGAGGCUGAGGUUGGCUCAACAGCCAGCGCUGCCGUCGACCUCAUACUGAGCUGCUUCGGACGGGUUCGGGAGGGAUCGCACCCGGCCGAUUAUAAAAUUCCAGAACCGUAAAGUGUUGCUUUUAGAAUUUCAAACCUGCUGUUGAUUGACAAUAAGAAAACAAUGUGAAUUUUUUAUUUAAUAACAAUGACUGAUUAAAUAAUAUCCAGUUAGAUGGCUCGGAUGGCAGCAGAGCUAGGUGAGGUACCAAGGUGUGGCGGUAUAUAUCAAUGCAACUGUUUUGUUUAUAAUGAAUACAUGACUGCCAUAAACAAUUUAACAACAGAAGAAGUUCUUAACUCAGCUUAUUGUGUGUUUAUUAAAAAUCUGCUGGAUUAAAAAUAUAAAGACACCACAAUUAAUGUGGAAAUGCCAUCAAACUUUGUGGCAUAACCUCCUGAUUCCUCAUUACUGAUUAAGACCAAAUAAAACAGCUGACUUUUCUUUGUCUUUAUAA